UUUACUACACAUUCGUUGAAAAUCCAAAAUCCAUAGAUGUGAAGAAAAUUUGUGUAUUUCAUAUUCAAAAUUAAGUUUGUAGAGUGUCAUAGAAACUAAUAUAUACAAAAAUAAGCACAAGUCCCUCAUUAAGUGAAAUACCAAUGAGCAAAUUCGAACUACAGCAACAAUAAUUGUGUAUCAAAACACCAUGAUUUAAUUCAUUCAUAACUACAUAACAGAAAAAAAAAUUAUUAAAAUAUUUAUACGAGAAGUGUUGCGAAAGGCGAACUUGAAUUGACAUUAAAUGGGCGAAGUGCGCAACAAUAGCACAAACGAACUGAAGCAACAACGACGACAGUAUCAUCAGCUGCAGAGGCAUAAACAUAAAUGUGUAAUUAGUUGAAUUACACACACACGCACACAAUAGAAAAAUAAAAUAAUUUUUAAAAAUUUAAUGUUUUUGGAAGUUAACAGGACUACUAUUUAAAGUGAAUAAGCAAAAAGUGCAUAAUAAAGUAAAAGCGAAACAUUUACCGCAACAAAAAAGUAGUUAAAAGCAUUCAUUUCAGGAAAAUAGUAUAAUUUAGUAAAUUUUGCAGACCGAAAAACGUUGAAUAAACAUUGUUGAUCGUGUACCCAAAGGCGCACGCGCCCACUAAUUUACACGUUAACAGCUAAAUAUUAUUGCAAGUGUGCGUGUGUGUGUUUAUAUAGAAAGCUGUUCGAGCACACAUUGGAUUUCCGUCUCAGCUAUAGUCAUCUGUACAAUCGCAUAAUCAGUUGCAAGAGUGACCAAUUUCAAAAUCCAUACUACGUAUUAAUUUAUGACGAAAUAUGCGUUAUAUUUAAAAAAAAAUUUAACCAAAUCAUUUUGGAAGUGAACAAACGCGUCUUCUAGUCAAAGUGAGCAGAGUCCCAAAAUUUUCGUUUCGACAUCAACACCGUUCCCUCACUAACGCAUAAAUCUUCUACAGUCCAUUUAUCCUUACUGAAGCAUUUGAAUUAAUAUUACACACGCGAUGUUUACUGGAAAAUUACAACUAAAAGUGUGUGAGGCGAUCGGUUUGCGACCAACCGACUUUCAAAAGCGCCACAAUUUGACAUUUGGAAAAUUAGCAGAUGAUCAACCAAUCGAUCCUUAUAUUUCCAUUGAUGUUGAUGAUAAUCAUUUUGAUCGCUCGACAACGCGGCCGAAAACAUUUGAUCCGAUAUGGAAUGAACAAUUCAUACACGAUGUGACUAAUGCAAAGAACAUUAACUUGACGGUAUUUCACGAUGCAGCACUUCCACCUGAUGACUUUGUUGCCAAUUGCCAAAUACCUUUCGAAGAUAUUAUGCAAAAUGAAGCAGGUGUGCUUGAUCUAUGGGUGAACUUAGAGCCACAGGGUAAACUACAUAUUAUAAUCGAAUUGAAGGACCGAGUUGAUUCGAAUAAAGAUGUGGCUGAAGUGGUUCAGGCGGUCACCCAAAACAAGGAAUUCAAAGAACGCGCUGGAUUCAAUCGUCGACGCGGUGCAAUGAGGCGACGUGUUCAUCAGGUAAAUGGACAUAAAUUUAUGGCAACUUUUCUGCGACAGCCGACUUUUUGUUCACAUUGCCGCGAAUUUAUUUGGGGAAUUGGUAAACAAGGCUAUCAAUGUCAAGUGUGCACCUGUGUUGUACAUAAGAGAUGCCAUAGCUCCGUGGUCACCAAAUGUCCAGGCAUGCGCGAAGAGCAAAACACCAUGGAAAUGGCACCAGCUGGUCAACGUUUCAAUGUGAAUGUGCCGCAUCGCUUUUUAAUGCAUAAUUAUAAACGUUUUACUUUUUGCGAUCACUGCGGUUCACUCUUGUAUGGUCUGAUUAAGCAGGGUCUACAGUGUACCCAAUGUAAUAUGAAUGUGCAUAAGCGCUGCCAAAAGAAUGUGGCCAAUACCUGUGGCAUAAAUACAAAAGAAAUGGCCGAAAUACUCAGUUCGUUGGGCAUUUCGCCGGAUAAGCAGGGGCAACCACGCCGUUCCAAGUAUUUAAAUCAACCAGGCGGUGAUGAUAAUUAUAGUUUGAGCGAUCGUAGCGAUCAGGGUACGGAAAGCAGCACUUCCACACGAAGUUCGAUGAUAUCGGAACGUUCGGUUUCAAGCGCUUCGACUGCCAUGACCGGACUCAGCGCCAUUACAGGGCAAUAUUUUGAUUCUCGUCCAGGAAAGACUUCAUUGUCGGAUUUUAAUUUCAUCAAGGUAUUGGGUAAAGGCUCAUUCGGCAAAGUAAUGCUGGCCGAAAAAAAGGACACCGAAGAGAUUUAUGCGAUUAAGGUGUUGAAAAAAGAUGCCAUUAUACAAGACGACGAUGUUGAUUGCACAAUGACGGAGAAACGUAUACUGGCAUUGGCCGCCAAUCAUCCAUUUUUGACAGCAUUACACUCCUGUUUUCAGACUAAGGAUCGUCUAUUCUUCGUUAUGGAGUAUGUGAAUGGUGGUGAUUUGAUGUUUCAAAUACAGAAGGCACGCCGCUUCGAGGCCGCUCGUGCUGCUUUCUAUGCCGCUGAAGUAACAUUGGCUCUCCAAUUUUUACACUCCCAUGGUGUUAUUUAUCGCGAUUUAAAACUGGAUAAUAUCCUUUUAGAUCAGGAGGGGCACUGCAAACUGGCCGAUUUCGGCAUGUGCAAGGAGGGUAUUAUGAAUGGUGUUUUAACAACCACAUUUUGUGGCACUCCCGAUUAUAUCGCGCCUGAGAUACUAAAAGAGCAAGAAUAUGGAGCGUCCGUCGAUUGGUGGGCGCUCGGUGUGCUCAUGUACGAAAUGAUGGCCGGUCAACCACCGUUCGAGGCUGACAACGAGGAUGAAUUAUUCGAUUCAAUUAUGCACGACGACGUAUUGUAUCCGGUUUGGUUGUCUAGAGAAGCUGUAUCCAUUUUAAAAGGAUUUCUAACGAAAAACCCCGAAACCCGUCUGGGGUGCUCUGGCGAUGAGAACGAGAUACGUAGACAUCCAUUUUUUGGUAAAUUAGAUUGGGAUGAACUAGAAAAGCGUAAUAUUAAACCACCUUUUAGACCAAAAAUGAAAAAUCCUCGGGAUGCCACCAAUUUCGACACAGAGUUCACGAAAGAGGAACCAGUACUCACACCGGUUCCCAACGAUGUUAUACGCUGCAUUAACCAAGAUGAAUUUGCUGGAUUCUCAUUUGUCAAUCCGAAAUUUGGACCAGAGCGUAAAGUAUUUUAAGUCGGUUUUUUAAUGGGCACGCGCCCGAAGGGUUAAACUUUUAUGGGAAAAAGCUAAGAAACAAUGCAAAACUCUUGCAAAUUCAAGAAAGCGACGAAAACUACUACUACUAUUGUGUUUGUUCUUUUUUUAUAAUGUGUACGUAUACACUCGAACAUACACACAUGUACACAGAAUGUCACACACAGGGCCGCCAGUUGGAACAAAUUUAUUUAUUUUUUUACUUUAAUUAUUUUUAAUUUAUGACGACAUGGAUUGCAUGAGAAAAAUGUAUAUGUGUGAAUACCUGUGUGCUAUAUUGUUUAUGCUGUUAAUUAAUGUGCAGCUACGAUUUUUAAAAUUGAAAUUCGCGAAAAGUGAAGUAAAAUGAAAAACAAAUAUGCUUAUAUUGUUAACGCAACAAACUCUACUCGUAGUAUUCGUUAGGCAAAUAAUUAAAUCUAAUAACCAAUAACCUUAGGACAUUUGGUUGAAAAUAACAAAAACAAUACAAUAACGAGCAGGAAACAGUGGUAUGUAGAAAAUAUGAAAACAAAUAACCAGGAAAUAACUGAUAACAAACAAAAAAAAAUA